CUGUCAGCGGUUAAUGGUCAAGCGUAAUGUAAUUAAUGAGUACAGGGAGGUUGCGAGCAUAGCAUUUAUAUCAUUAUUCGAUACGCAUUAUUUCACAAUAGGAAUGAAAGUGCGUAAUCUUUUAAGUGCUGGAAAAUACCCUGGGGCAUAUGUAUUUCCGCCGGAAAAAGGUCUUGAGAAUAAACGUCCUGUCACAGGUUUGGACUUUGCCUCCUUAUACCCCAGCUUAAUUAUGACAUAUAACCUCUUGCCAGAUAAAAUAAUUUUAUCUCGAAAGCAUGCCAAAUCUCUAAAGGAUAGCGGUAAAAAGUUUCAUGAAAUAAAUUUCAAAUUCAAUAAUCGGAAUGUUCUCGCGUGGUCUAUAGAGCAUGAAAAUCAGGCUGAAAUGAAAG